AUGUCGUCGGGUCUCCGCGCGGCCGAUUUCCCCCGCUGGAAGCGCCACAUCUCGGAGGAACUGAGGCGCCGGGACCGGCUGCAGAGCCAGGCGUUCGAGGAGAUCAUCCUGCAGUAUAACAAGUUGCUGGAAAAGUCAGAUCUUCAUUCAGUUCUUACCCAGAAGCUACAAGCAGAGAAGCCGGACAUACCCAACAGGCAUGAGAUAAGUCCUGGACAUGAUGGUGCAUGGAAUGAUGGCCAGCUACAGGAAAUGGCCCACCUGAGGAUGAAACACCAGGAAGAACUGACUGAGUUGCACAAGAAACGUGGGGAGUUAGCUCAGUUGGUGAUUGACCUGAAUAACCAAAUGCAGCAGAAGGACAGGGAGAUGCAGAUGAAUGAAGCAAAAAUUGCAGAAUGUUUGCAGACUAUCUCUGAUCUGGAGACGGAGUGCCAAGAACUACGCAAUAAACUGCAGGACCUGGAGAGAGCCAACCAGACCCUGAAGGAUGAAUAUGAUGCCCUGCAGAUCACUUUUACUGCCUUGGAGGAGAAACUGAGGAAAACUUCGGAGGAGAAUCAGGAGCUGGUCACCAGGUGGAUGGCCGAGAAAGCACAGGAAGCCAAUCGCCUCAAUGCAGAGAAUGAAAAGGAUUCAAGGCGGCGACAAGCCCGACUGCAAAAAGAGCUCGCAGAAGCAGCGAAAGAACCUCUACCAGUUGAACAGGAUGAUGACAUUGAAGUCAUUGUGGAUGAAACUUCUGAUCACACUGAAGAGACUUCGCCCAUGCGAGGCAUCAGCAGAGCAGCCACUAAGCGACUCUCGCAGCCUGCUGGAGGCCUUCUGGAUUCUAUCACUAAUAUCUUUGGGAGGCGCUCUGUCUCUUCCUUUCCCGUUCCCCAGGAUAAUGCGGAUACUCAUCCAGGUUCAAGUAAAGAAGUGAGGGUCCCAACAACUGCAGUGUGUGUCUUUGAUGCUCAUGACGGGGAAGUCAACGCUGUGCAGUUCAGUCCUGGAUCCCGGCUGUUGGCCACGGGCGGCAUGGAUCGGAGGGUUAAGCUUUGGGAAGUGUCUGGAGACAAGUGUGAGUUCAAGGGUUCCCUCUCUGGCAGUAACGCAGGAAUUACAAGCAUUGAAUUUGAUAGUGCUGGAUCUUACCUCUUAGCUGCUUCAAAUGAUUUUGCAAGCCGAAUUUGGACCGUGGAUGAUUAUCGGUUACGGCACACACUCACAGGACACAGUGGUAAAGUGCUCUCUGCCAAGUUCCUGCUGGACAAUGCGCGUAUUGUUUCUGGAAGUCAUGACCGGACCCUCAAACUCUGGGAUCUGCGCAGCAAAGUCUGCAUAAAGACAGUGUUUGCGGGAUCCAGCUGCAAUGAUAUUGUUUGCACAGAGCAGUGUGUAAUGAGUGGACAUUUUGACAAGAAAAUUCGUUUCUGGGACAUACGGUCAGAGACUAUCAUCCGAGAGAUGGAGCUGUUGGGGAAGAUUACUGCCCUGGACUUAAAUCCAGAAAGAACUGAACUCCUAAGCUGCUCCCGUGAUGACCUGCUAAAAAUUAUCGAUCUCCGAAUAAAUGCUAUCAGACAGACGUUUAGUGCUCCUGGGUUCAAAUGUGGCUCUGACUGGACGAGAGUCGUGUUCAGCCCUGAUGGCAGUUAUGUGGCAGCAGGCUCCGCAGAGGGCUCUGUCUACGUCUGGAGUGUGCUCUCCGGGAAAGUAGAGAAGAUCCUUUCAAAGCAUCAUGGCUCGUCCAUCAAUGCGGUGGCAUGGUCCCCCUCCGGCUCCCACAUCGUCAGUGUGGACAAGGGAAGCAAAGCUGUGCUGUGGUCGGAAUACUGA